CUGUGUUUCAAGAACAAGUGAAAGGCUUAUUUCCUGCAUAAGAGUUCAAAUAACACCGAAGCACGUUGGUUGCGCAUCUUGCUAUACAAACAUUAGAAAACGCUUCUUUUGUUGAAAAGUAUUCCAGGAGCAUUUCGUCUGUGAUCUCUCAUCAUGAUGCGCUACUGGGGCGAGAUCCCUGGGCCCGCAGGGGCUCCCGCCAGUCGCAGCUCCUUUGAUUUGCUCCAGCGUGAGUUUCGAUCGGUUGAGAUGCAGGAUCCUCCGCUUCAUCAACCCUCGGCCCAGCGUCCACGCCCCACCACGAUGCUGGACGUCCCAUCAGAACCUUGUAGUCUCACCAUUCACACAGUGCAGCUGUGCCAGCACGCCCGCCGCCUCCGUGGCCUUUUGGCGGCAGCUCAGGGUCAAAGCUCGACGUCUUCCGAGGUUGGGGGCAGGCUGGAGGAUGUUGAAACAAACCUGCCACUGCGCCCUCCCACCCCACCUGCCAUGCCAGAUGACUUGCUACCACCUGACUGCAAAGAUUCUUGGAAACCCUUUCAGCUCCGCCACAGUGACCCUGAAAGUGACUUUUAUAAGGGUAGAGGGGAGCCAGUCACAGAGCUGAGUUGGCCCUCCUGCAGGCAGCUCCUUUAUCAGUCGGUGGCCACCAUCUUGGCCCACGCAGGCUUCGAGACGGCCCAGGAGAGCGUGCUAGAAACUCUGACCGACCUGGUUCACGAGCACUACCUACGCCUUACCCGCCUCCUGCGGGUAGCUGUGGACCGGGAGGCCCGGCUGGGGGCCAGUCCCUUUCCUGACGUGAUGGAGCAAGUUUUCCAUGAAGUGGGCAUCGGCAGUGUGCUUGCCCUCCAGCACUUCUGGCAAGUGCGCAUCAAGGAUUAUCACAGUUACAUGUUACAGGUUAGUAAUGAUCUGUCAGAAGAAUACGAAAGGUUGGUGAAUCCUGAAAAGUCUCUGGAUGACUCAAAGCCCCUCAGGAUCAAGGAGGAGCCCAUGAGUGACAUUUCCUUCCCUGUUAGUGAAGAGCCAGAGGCCGACCUAGCGUCUGGGGACCAAACCUUGCCCAUGGGUGUCCUUGGGGCUCACGGUGAGAGGCUGUCCGCAGGCCUGGAUGCCGACCACUCUCCUCACACCUCAAGUGGUGGUGUGGCCAACAACUCCCCCUUGUGGCCACAGGUAAAAGUGGAACCGCACGAUGGUGAGGAAGGCCAGGCUGCCUCUCAUCAUCCUCAUCACCAUCACCACCUGGGUGGAGAUGUGUUUGAGGAGGGGGACCCCAUGUCGACAAUGAGCGAGUCGGGAGCUGCCAUGGCCUCGUCUCCCGCUGGCGCGGCAUCCGAUGGCAGCUUUGCUUCACAUUCGCCGGAAUCCCUGAUGAGCACCUCACCAGUCUUCAACCAGAGACCCAAGAAGCGAGCGAAAAGGAUGUGAGGUUGCGUUGUGUCGCGAAGGAGACACACUGAACUCGCCAAGACAAAACAUAUGUUGACGGGGAUGUUGAAUGAAAUUGUUCAAGGAAGAAAAAUACACGAUUGUUUUUAGCUGUUAUAGUUUGUGGGCAAUUAAUUCAUCAAGUAUAUGCACAUGACUUUUGAUCCAUCCAUGCAUUUUCUAUAAUACUUGUCAUCAUUAGGGUCGUGGUUAGCUGGAGCCAGUUGACUUUGGGGAAAGGUUAUAUACAUCCCGAUCUAGUCGCCAUUCAGUCACAGGGUGAUACACAAUCUGGUAGCAGGCAAUACAAAAACAACUUUUUAUAGAGCUAAUAUCAGUAAGGUUUUUCGACCAAUAUUAUUGUGGAUGUAGUUUACAGUGUAGAUUCUUUUAUUUUGGUCACAUUUUGACGACAUGAGUGGUAACGACACCAAUGAAGUGUCAACAUAGUGAAGUUGCUGCCAUUUUUAGUCAUUUAUUAGGAAAAGACUUUGGAUUUGGCUUGUGUUUUCUUGAGUUUAUGAGGUACACAUGAUGCAAAAUGUUGCUAUGAAACGUUUUUUUUUAAAAAAAAUAAUAAUCAUUUCCAUAAUUGAGUUGAAUGCUUUGUUUUCUUUCAAUUUCAUAUUUCAUCUGCACAGCCAGGACCAAAAUCUUGAGCGUGUUGCCACAUAUUAUUUUUAACUCCUCAUUCCUCCUCCACACACACGUUUACAUGUCGGGCUCGGUAACGCAUUCCACUCGGGGCUGCACUGUACACGUCUCACACACGCACGCACGCACGCACGCACCUAUCAACCUUAAGAUGUUCUGCUAAAUUAGCAUCUGUUCCAGCCAAGCUGACAGAGACACCAGCAGGAAGUGCCGUUUGGUUGUCCACAUUAUGAAGACAACGUGCAUUCAGCCUUAAUGGCAAAGUAAUUGCUUAAUUUUUCCUGCUCAAUGAGCUGAUAUAUUCAAAUACACGGGCAGUUUAGUGUGCAUGCUCCGAGUGGGAGAAGUGCUUCUAGCCAGGUUUAUACUGAAGUCUAAUUAAGUCCUGUGAUGGCUAAGUCAUGGUUGUCUGAACACACUUAAAAAAAAAAAAAGGUCUGUACUGUUCCUCCAUAUGUGGCAAUAAAGUGGCAUGGUUAAGAGUA